UAUGGAAGAGAUGACACCAGACUGCUCAGUAGUUGCUCAGAGCGAGUAUUUGUGGUUUUUACUUGGGACUGCUUUAUAAAGAGAGGCGCCAGUGUCCAAGUUGCACUGAGCUAACUUUGUUGGUCAUACCUCACAUUGCAGUUUUUUCUUCAGCUUCUGUUUGAAAGCCAAAUCCUGAUAUGUUGGAUGGCCACCUUAAUCCUCUGAUUGUGUUUAUAACUCUACAAUUUUUAUUUUUAAAAAACACACAGCCUUUGUGAUAUUUGUAUUCAUGAUAUUUCUGAAAUUUGAAAACAUAACUGAUGCCAGUCUUUUAGCAGAAGAAAGUAACAGGAGUUGGUGAAAAAUCCUUUUGGGGUGCUCAGUCACCCCUUCCCUCUCCACAUGCAUGCUUUGGUCAAAAAAUUGGAAGAGGAGUGGAAUUAUUUUCCAGUGACUAAGGCGCUACAUCUGCAGAGCUCUUUCAUGAAAGGAAAUUAAAUCAGUAGAAUCAUUAAAUAUGCUGAGCUGGAAGAGACCUGUCGGGAUGACUGAGUUCAGCUCCAGUCACUGUACAGGACCAUUCCCAGAAUCACACCGUGUGCCUGAGAACACUGUCCAAAAGCUUCUUGAAUUCUGUCAGGCUUGGUGCUGUGACCCCUUCCCUGGGGAACCUGUUCCAGUGCCUCACCACCCUCUGAGUGAAGAAUUUUUUCCUGAUAUGUAACCUAGGCCUUCCCUAACUAAGCUCCAUUCCGUUUCCUUGAGUCCUGUCACCAGAGUGAAGAGAUCGGUAUUUGCCCCUCCUCAUGAGGAUGCUGAAGAUCACAGUGAGGUCUCCCUCUCUCUUCCAGGCUGAACAGGCCAAGUGACCUCCAACGCUCUUCAAUACGGCUUCCUCUCAAGGCCCUUCGCCGUUCUUUGGACACUCUCUAACAGCUCAAUGUUUUUUUUUAUGUUGUGGCACCCAGAACUGCCCCCAGCACUCAAGGUGAGGCCGCCCCAGUGCAGAACUGAGCGGGACAACCCCCUCCCUUCCCUGGCUGUGCCUAAUGCGCCCAGGACAGGUUCGGCCUCCUGGCUGCCAGGCACAAUGACUCACAUUCAACUGCCAUUCACCAGGACCCUCAGCUCCCUUUCCACAGCACUGCUCUCUCCAGCCUCUCGUUUCCCAGUCUAUACAUACCACAAGGGUUGCCCAGGUGCAGAACUGGCACUGGCCCCUGUUACACCUCACAGAGUAGAAGCUGGACAGUGAGACAAUCAAAGCACACGGGCCCAGCGGCAGCUCCCAGCGAGGCGGGGGGAGGUGCCGGAAAGGGCGGGGCUGCCGGAAGGGUACGAGCGCCCGCUGGGGGCGGGGCCCCUCGGUAGUUCCGCUUCCGGCGCAGCGCCGCUGCCGCGACGUGUGUCUAGUCCCGGUGCCAAGAUGGCGGCGGCCGCAGGGGCGGCGGCGGUGGCAGGGCUGUGGAGCGAAGUGAACCGCUGUGGCCAAAACGGCGACUUCGCCCGCGCACUCAAGUCCGUCAAUAAGAUAUUGCAGAUCAACAAAGAUGAUGUGACUGCACUUCAUUGUAAAGUAGUGUGUCUUAUCCAGACUGGGAGCUUCAAGGAAGCCCUUGGUGUAAUCAAUACCCACACUAAAGUGUUAACCAGUGAUGUUAUUGCCUUUGAGAAGGCCUACUGUGAAUACAGGUUGAACCGUAUUGAAAGUGCUCUCAAGACCAUUCAGAGUGCCAGUCAGCAGACAGACAAACUGAAGGAGCUUUAUGGACAAGUGUUGUACAGACUGGAGCGUUACGACGAUUGUCUGGCUGCAUACAGGGAUCUCAUCCGCAACUCCCAGGAUGAGUAUGAGGAGGAGAGAAAAACCAACCUCUCUGCUGUUGUGGCAGCACAAAGCACGUGGGAGAAGGUGGUGCCAGAGGAUUUAGGCCUUCGAGAAGCUACCUAUGAGCUGUGUUAUAACAGUGCAUGUGCAUUGAUUGGGCAAGGAAAGCUGAAUGAAGCAAUGAAAAAAUUACAAAAAGCAGAAGAGCUGUGCCGCCAGUCACUGUCAGAAGACUCGGAUGUGACAGAGGAAGACAUUGAGGCUGAGCUGGCUAUUAUUCAUGGUCAGAUGGCUUAUAUCAUGCAACUGCAGGGCCGUACAGAGGAUGCUCUACAGCUCUACAAUCAAAUAAUUAAGUUGAAGCCAACAGAUGUAGGACUCCUUGCUGUCAUUGCAAAUAAUAUCAUCACUAUUAACAAGGACCAAAAUGUCUUUGAUUCAAAGAAAAAGGUGAAGUUGACUAAUGCAGAAGGUGUUGAGCAUAAACUCUCCAAGAAGCAGCUCCAGGCCAUUGAAUUCAACAAAGCUUUGCUUGCAAUGUACACUAACCAGGCAGAUCAGUGCCGCAAGCUGUCAGCAAGCCUGCAGUCCCAGAGCCCUGAGCAUCUGCUCCCUGUGCUUAUACAGGCAGCCCAGCUGUGUCGUGAGAAGCAGCAUGCAAAGGCCGUAGUGCUUCUGCAGGACUUUGCAGAACAGCACCCUGCCAAUGCAGCUGAGAUCAAGCUAACGAUGGCCCAGCUAAAAAUUGCUCAAGGCAGUGUCACCAAAGCCUGCAUGAUCCUGAGGAGCAUAGAAGAACUGCAGCACAAGCCUGGUAUGGUGUCUGCGUUGGUGACAAUGUACAGUCAUGAAGAGGAUAUUGACAGUGCAAUUGAAGUCUUCACACAGGCUAUCCAGUGGUAUCAGCAGCACCAGCCAAAGUCUCCUGUCCAUUUGUCACUGAUAAGGGAAGCUGCCAACUUCAAACUAAAGCAUGGCAGGAAGAAGGAAGCAAUCAGCGACUUGGAGGAGCUCUGGAAGCAAAACCCAAAAGACGUGCAUACUCUGGCACAGCUCAUCUCUGCCUAUUCCCUCGUUGACCCUGAAAAAGCUAAAGUUCUUAGCAAACACUUGCCUUCCUCAGACACCAUGUCACUAAAAGUAGAUGUUGAUGCGCUGGAGAACUCCCAUGGAGCAACCUAUGUUCGGAAGAAAGCUGGCAAACUCACUGGAGACAACCAGCAGAAGGAGCAAGGACAAGGGGAAGUAAAGAAAAAGAAGAAGAAAAAGAAGGGAAAGCUGCCAAAGAACUAUGACCCCAAGGUGACUCCCGACCCUGAGCGGUGGCUUCCAAUGCGAGAGCGGUCCUACUACCGUGGACGGAAAAAGGGCAAGAAGAAGGAUCAGGUUGGCAAGGGGACUCAGGGUUCAACCACAACUGGCUCCUCUGAACUGGAUGCCAGUAGAACUGCCAGCAGCCCACCUACCUCCCCUCGGCCUGGCAGCGGGGCAGCUGUAUCGGCUACAAGUAACGUCAUCCCUCCCAGGCACCAAAAACCUGCGGGUGCUCCAGCCACCAAGAAGAAACAGCAGCAGAAAAAGAAGAAAGGGGCUAAAGGAGGGUGGUAAAAAGAAGGAUAUGUAACCUCCCUCCUUCAGUAUGUGAUGUUGGUUGCAGAAUAAAGAUCAAAAGCAAGUGCUGAUGAAAGA